UAGUGUGUUUUCGUUUUGGUGACAGCAACAUCGAGAAAUGUUAAAUAAUUUCCGAAAUUAUUAAAAAUAUCAAUUAAAACUAAUUUUUUUUAUAACCCAAAACAUACCAAUAUGCGCUUAAUACCUUUCGGUUCGCGUAUAGCUAGCAUAGGCUCGAAAAUUAAUAACACAUUCACCCUGCCGGAACGUUUUAAAGGUACGGUUGUUGAAAAAUGGGCCAACUACUGGAAAGGUCUUCUCACCGACUACAAAGAUGUAGCCGUGGGUUUGGUCAAAGAAUCGAAGGAAAGACCACGUAAAGCACUGUUCUAUGCCAUCAGCGGCUAUGGUCUAUAUCAUUGUGCCCAACGCAAUCCAGACGAGGAAGAUUUCCACAAACAAUUUCGUUCAGCGAGUAACGAUUUGAUAAUGGUACAUCCUUCACUACAGAAUCCUAAGUCAGCAGCUUAUAUUAGACGUUUACAGGGCGAUCUAAAUCAAAAUCGUUUAAGAUUUUUAUCUCUGGGUAUAUGCACAAUUUUGUGGGAAGAUUUGUACGACAAAGAUGAUUGCACCUAUCCAGCACAAUGUGAAUAUACACAAGUUACCUUCUGGAAUUUCCAUGAACAUAUAGUGGAUGUGGGAUUUUGGAAUCAAUUCUGGCGUUUAAGAUAUGAAAUGUAUAAUUUUGAUGUUAAUUAUUUGUGAUACGUUUUGCGAAAACCACAAUGAGGAGUAUAAUGUUAAUAAGUUUGUUAAAUAAAUACCUACAAUUUUAAAGCGUAAAUAUCAUGAUAAAAAUAUUUUUACCAUGGUAAAUAUUAUCAAAA